AUGCAAAUCUUGAUGCACUGGAGAGUAAAGUUAUCUGCGAACAGUAUUCGAUCUACGAGUCUACUACCAUCUAAUUUACGUAUUGAACACGGAAUAACUCGGAAGUCCAGACCGAAUGUAUAUUGUGUUGCCAAACCGCCGGGUCUCUUGGUUGUUGCGUGCCGCGAUUCGUCAUUAUCCGUCGUCGCGACAGCGGUCGGCGCCAUGUCAAGUUACCUCAUCCACUGCAUCGUAAAGAAUCCAGACCUCUACGCCCACGCCACGAAGCGUGUAAAGAUGUGCGUUAUAACAAAAUCCGCGUUUGCCUCUUGUUCGGAUGAACCUUGA